UUUUCAUUCAUCAGCUUUUUUUAUUCAUCAAAGUUAUUUUCUUUUCUGUCUCAACCUCUGUAAUCAUGGGCUCAGACGAUCUGGUCAAACACCACAGCGAUUAUACCAACUUUGAUACCACGGACGCGUCAAAGCAGAGUGUUUUGUUUCAGGUGGUCGAAAACUACAGGGCUUUAGUGGACGACCAGAGAAAUUGGGUUUGCAAUUUGGCUAAUGCUGCUUCCUUGAUAUGGGAAGCCUACCACAAGCUCAAUGCUUCUGGCUUGUCGAAGGCUGAUGUAAAUUGGUCUGGUUUCUAUGUGGUAGAUAAGUUGGAUACAAAUCAAUUGAUUCUAGCUCCAUUUCAAGGCAAAGUUGCCUGUCAAACCAUUCCUAUUGGAAAGGGUGUUUGUGGAAAAACUGCCUCAACUAAACAAACACAGUUGGUUCCUGAUGUCAAUAAGUUUCCAGGUCAUAUCGCUUGUGAUGGAGAAACAAAUAGCGAAAUUGUGGUGCCUAUACUAUUGGAUAAUGAAUUGAAGGGCGUAUUAGAUAUAGAUUCGUUAACACUAGAAGGCUUUGAUGAAGUUGAUGCAGAUUUUUUACAAAAAUUAGCUGACUUGAUUGCAGCUACUUGUGACUGGUAAGUAUUCCAAAAAUAAAUGUAUACUUGUUCUCGUUUACUCUUUGCUAUUCUAUUCUGUAUUUCUUUUGACAGUGUUAAUAAAAGCUUGUUUCUUACUGAAAACAAUUAUUCUCAAACUAUGAGACAAAUAUCCCUUUAUAUAACCGUCAACUAUCCCAUUGCCUAAAAGACAUUCGGUGUUGUUUAAUUCAUCGGUUGUAAAUCUGAUUUCUGGAUCAAUUUCUGGCUCUUUUUCUUUUUGAUUUUGCAAUUUUUUCUCUCUCUUUGCCUCUCGAUCAUUCAAAUAAAACUGCUU